UGAAGCAAAUACCACAGUGUUAGCUUGAAAAUGCUUAGGAUACACACAGAACCAGAAGGUAAAUAUGGGGUUUGAAGGAAACAGUACACACUGAUUUUAGGUGCUGCACUUCAGAAACGAGCCCCUCCUUCACCCCCACAAGCACCUACAGGCUCGGCAAGAAAGGCGGCAGCUGACGGAUGGAGGUCACCACCAAGACGAUCGAAGCCGCAUCGACAGACUCAGGAUGGAAAGCAGCGAGCAGCGAUGCAUCGUCCACGGAAGUGGCCGCCAUGGGACUAAACCUGCUGUCGGGCGUGGCGAGCUUGCCGAUGUUUUACUACGAGCUGUCCAGGCACGGCUGCUGGCCGGAUGCUCUGUCACGGCAAGCUUUUCUGGCGCGGCUGCUUGUCGGAGUCUCAUGGGGUGUUGCCUUGCAGCAUGCUCUGUCGCGACAAGCUUGCCUGCGUGGCUGCUCGCCAGAGUCUCAUGGAAUGCUGCCUUGCAGCAUGCUCCAUCGUAGCAAGCUUGCCAGCGCGGCUGCUUGCCAGAGUCUCAUGGGAUGCUGCCUUGCAGCAUGCUCUGUCGUGGCAUGGUUGCCAGCGCGCUCGCCGGAGUCUCGUGUGAUGCUGCGCUGCAGCAUGCUUUGUCGCAGCAAGCUUGCGGACAUGGCUGCUGCAAGCGGGUGCUACGGGUCGGCGGGCUGGUGCCCCCGCAGAUAGAGGCGCUCCUACAGGAGAUGAGGGAGGCUGCAGGACGACAAAGAUCAGCUCAACGUCGGCUGCUUCGCUGUGC